GAGGAGAAGCAAGGAGCGAGGUGUCCCCGGACAGCCAUGGUGCAGAGCUGGUCCCCAGCAGCCCCUUGUGGCUGCACGCCUUACUGCCCGCUCUCGUGGUGCUCCCACAUUCUCUGCAUGCUCUCAGUGUUGUGGCUCUGUUUACGUUGCUAAGGAGAAGUUGUGUGAGCUCUCUAGGAUGCUGCGUGCCGGCAUGGGCACGUCGGGCUUCGUGCUGCACGCCAAGCUGGGUGACCGGCUGCUGCUUUGGGAACCUCGGUGAUGCUCUCGGCGCUCUCAUCUCUGAGAAAUCUGCCGCAGGAGGAGGAUGGCUCGGGCACAGCAGCACUGCAGUGGGGCUGCAGAAGUGGGGACCCGCAUGUCGGGCACCUUGCAGCCCAGUGCUGCGGCUCCGGGUGGCUUUGAGGCGGUGCUGUUGGGAUGGGUGGCUUCAAGGAAGCAUUUAAACACAGCCGUGUGACAGCCGCAGCUCUGAGUCACAGUCUCCAAUGGAAUUCUGCCCUGGGGUGGCAGCGAGGGCUUGCCGUGCCUCCUUCCCAGGAAAAAUAGAAGUUUCCAUGGCAUGGUAAAGCUGAUUAUUCCCAUCUGCUGUCCCUCAGGCAGCAACCAACCAACAGAGCCGAGCACGCAGGGCGGGCACAUCACCCGCCGUGGGCUAUGGGGACGAGCAGGGGGUUGUGGUGUGCAUCGCCGAGGACACAUGGGGUUCUGAUGCCUUCCUGCAGCUCAGGCACGCCGGCACCAGGGCGGUCAGGCUGGUCGGGAAACUUUGUUUUCAUCCAAGGAAGGUUUUGUGUUGUUGUUUUUUUUUUUAAUAGUUUUCUUUCUUUCUCUCCUUCCUUCUCUCCUUCCUUCUCUCCUUCCUUCUCUCCUUCCUUCUCUCCUUCCUUCUCUCCUUCCUUCUCUCCUUUCUCUUUUAAGGAAGGUGAAAGCUUGCAAGGGUGUCGACACUUUUCUUGCAUAAAAAAUAACGCAACCCCUCCAAAAAAAAAAUUAUAUGAUGAAUAUGUGAGUUUUUCUCAGGACUCCAUGGGCGUUGGGAGCUCAGGCUGCGGCUGCGACCUCGAGCUGAGGAUGCUGUGCUGAGGGCUGCCGGUCCCAGCAAUGCUGCCCUGAGGUCCGGGCUGCGCUGUUCUGAGAACCGAGGUCAAAUCGUGUGGCUGCACGGAAAGAAAAAAGGAGUCAGACAGACUGACUGACUGACAGACAGGAGCCGUAGCAAACGCGAGGGGCAGAUUCCUACCGGCGCCGGGUCGGAUGCCGGAGCUCCAGCUGCGGGUUGCCAGCUCCGGGUCCGCCUGCGGUGCCGAGCGGAGCCGUGCCGUCCACUCCCCCGCGGAGGCGGGGACGCCGUCGGGGCCGGCACAACGCGGCGGCAGCUCGGCUCGACCCGGCCCGGUUCUGCCCCAAACGUCCCGGUGCCGCGGUUCUGCUAUGGGGGCGGCUCAGAGCCAGAAGUUGCGGGAGGGAUCCGCCGAACGCCGCUCGGAUUCCGAAGGUAAUUAUGAGACCCCCGAAGCAGAAACGCCGACCUGCUCAGCACUAAAGGAGCCCAGCGAGCUGCAGCCCGAGGCCGGGACCAGAGGGUUCAGCGGCCAUGGGGAGCUGCAGGGAGGGGAGCAGCAACAUGAAGAGGAGGCUCAGCCCGAGGUUGGGGCCUCUCCAGCCCACAUGGGGACCAAAAGUGGCCCUGAAGACUCUGCUGUGACGCAGCUGCUGGUUGAAGCCCAGCCACCGGUGCCCCAUGUGGGUGCAGCCAGGUGUGAGCUGGUCAUGUCAGGAGGGGACACAGCUGAUGAUGGUUUGGGGCUGACAGAGCCAGAAAGGGAUGCUCUGGUGCAGGAGAGCUCACCCUGUCAGCUCCAGAAGGGAAAGCUACCUUCCCAAGGGAGCAAAGGAGGGGAAAGCACAGAGCCUGCAUCCAGUGAGGAGCCUUCAGUGCCUCUGGCCUCAGACCCUGAGCAGUACAAAGAAGCUGACAGUUCUGUCAUGGCAGAGGGCUGCACGCUGCAGAACUGCCCGCCGGCCCCCCAUUGCCUCCAACUGAGUGAGCCCGAGGGGGACCUGGGCCCCCAACCUCCAGGGCAGCUCCCAAAAGCUGAAGUUGAUGCCACAGAAGGUGGGGACGGUGUGGAGACGCGGAGAGCCUCGCCGAGGAGGGCCAGCAGGAUCCCGGCCAGCAAGCUGACACCCAAGAGGCACAGGAGGCCCAUAGAGGACACAGAGAAAGGUCCCCAGGGCCCCCCCAAGGCCUCCCCUGCACCGUGGGACAGCCCUGAGCUCGGUCCCUUUGGUGGCAGCUCAGCACUGCAACACUCGCCUGCUCUCCCCAAAGGCUCUUACCAGUUCGACCCCAAUAACUUUGACUCCGUGGAUCCAUUUAAGCCCACCAAGACCCUCACCAGCACCACCGACUGCUGCCCCACGGCCGACAACAGCCUGAAUGAGAUCCUGGAGUCCCAGACGCUGGAGGAUGAGCUGGGGAAAAGCAGAGGCUCCCCACAGAAGGCCAAAUCGCGUCUGAUAACGACUACUGAACAAGUGAAAUUUCUCUGUUUUCUGUUGAGCAGCUGCAAAGUGAAGCAGUACGAGACGCCGGCGCUGGUGCUGGAUGGCUGCACUCAGGAUGAGGGAACGCUGAUCUCUGAAAUCCCAGACAUUGCUGCUAGGGAUGGACGUGCCACCGAUGAGGAGAAGCUGGCAUCCACCUCCUGCACACAGAAAGCAGCUGGGCUGGAGAAGAAGGGAGAGCCUGAGGAUGACCUGGAGUACUUUGAGUGCUCCAACGUCCCUGUGCCGGCGGUGAAGCCCGGUGUGGAGACAGGCUUUGAGGAGAUCUCCAAGCAUACAGACAAGGAUAGAUCUGUUGCCUUCCCUGGUCAUCCUGGGCUGUGCCUGGCAGACAAACCCCCCACAGCCAUCAUCAGUGGCAGCAAAAGCGACAGCCCCCUGGACAGCAUCUGCCUGAGUGCCUCUGAGAAGGCGGCUGUGCUCACACUCAUCCGGGAGGAGAUAAUCACAAAGGAGAUUGAAGCCAAUGAGUGGAAGAAGAAGUACGAGGAGAGUCGUCAGGAGGUCCUGGAGAUGAGGAAAAUUGUGGCUGAGUACGAGAAAACCAUUGCCCAGAUGAUAGAGGACGAGCAGAGGACAAAUAUGACCUCCCAAAAGAACCUGCAGCAGCUCACCAUGGAGAAGGAGCAGGCGUUGGCAGAUCUCAACUCGGUGGAGAGGUCCCUGUCAGAUCUGUUCAGGAGAUAUGAAAACCUGAAGGGUGUCCUGGAAGGCUUUAAGAAGAACGAAGAAGCCCUGAAGAAGUGUGCUCAGGAUUAUUUAAACCGUGUCAAGCAAGAGGAGCAGCGAUACCAAGCCCUGAAGGUCCAUGCAGAGGAGAAGUUGGACAAAGCCAACGAGGAGAUCGCCCAGGUGCGAACCAAGGCCAAAGCAGAGAGCGCAGCUCUGCACGCGGGGCUGCGAAAGGAGCAGAUGAAAGUGGAGUCCCUGGAGAGAGCCCUGCAGCAGAAGAACCAGGAGAUCGAGGAGCUGACCAAGAUCUGCGACGAGCUGAUUGCAAAGCUGGGCAGGGCAGACUGAGCUCACCGCCCCAACGCUCCGCACCCGGCUGCUUUUCUCCUACCUUCGAGCACUUUGCCUUAUUAUUACCCCCGGAGCGACCCUGCCGAAAGCACAGCGUGGCUGCUGCACCCCCAGGUGUGAGGGCAGCCAUCCCCACGUGCUGUCACUGCCCUCACGUGCUGCAUCUCACAGCCCCAAGGCACAAGUGGUGCGUUGUGGAAGGGGCUCUGCUCGGAGCUCCUUUCCCCACUCGGCACGGCGAGGCACAGAGCAGCAGUCGCUCUCUGGGUCUUGCACUGCUGUCACCAAUUCCCCUGCAGCACUGCAUAAUAAGGGAAGCAAACAAAGCCGGCCUUUACAAAGGCAGAUCCAGGCAGCGUUUCCACGCGGGCUGCCUGCUGCUUUUUGGAGGUGGUUACCUCUUGGUGAGCCCAGGAGAAGUGCUGAGGCUGAGGCUCCUUCCCUCACCACGCACAGACAGCCCUGAGGUGUCAGAUAAGGGAAAUAAACGCUGUUGGACUGUUUCCUACCUAGCCUAGCUAAAACCUUAGCAAACCUUUUUGCUGCUACCUUUUUGUAAAAGAAUGGAGCUGUUCUCCUUCUAUUUUCUAACCCCUGUGUUCCGCAUGCAGUGCAGACAUCUGUUAAAGCAGAGCCAUACACCGGAGAUAUAUUUUAUUAUGUAUAGAAAGGAUUUAUGACACGGGCACAUGCAGGGGUCCCCACCCUCUCCCACCGACCCAAAAUGGGGCUGAUGGCUGCUGCUGUGCCCCUGCAGCGUUGUGUUGAACGUCCACUGUUUUGCACAGCUGACAGAAAGGAAAAAUCCUUCUUUUCACCCUCUUUUCUUUCCACUGCUGGGGAGUCACAGUGCCAACCAACCGCAUCCCGCUGCAGCACGGCUCCCCUCCCCAGCACCGGGGUGGCUGCAGCCUGGCACCACUCUCUUCUCUUAUCCUCCCACUUGUUGUGCUCUAUAGCAGCCCUCCCAGCCCCAACGUGGCUGUGGGGUGGCUGUGGCAUCCAGGAGCGAUGCCAGCAGCACAGCCAGCUCAAAAACCCUUGGUGAUGCACACGUGUUGCUUCCCAAAACCACGCGGAGCAGCCGGAGCGCUGAGCUCCUCCUGCAGCACUGAGCUGUGGGGAGGCAGAGCAGGGAUGUGACGUGGCAGCAUCCUCACACCGCUCUGCUCUGCUGUCCCACGGCCACUCUGCUGCUGCCUCCAUCUGUGCCUCUCAGCACGCACGUACAAUCUGGGCAAAGAUUCCUAAGGAAUGAUUUAUUAACUAUAAUAUGGUUAUAGUUGCACAUAUAUAAAUAUAUGCAUACAGGCCGUAGUUAUCUAUAACAGAAGGCAUAUUUUAAGCUCACUGCUGCACCCCCCAGCGCUGCAGCACAGCUGGGGGUCACCUUUCCUGCAGCAGCAAUGAUGUGCUGUGAUGCUGCGAUGCCCCUUUCGGCAGCAGAGUGCCCGUGAGCGCGGCGUUGCUGUGUGUAGAUCUUCUGUCUGCAGUGAAGUGCCAAUGAGUGCCCACCCCAACUGCUCUCCGCUUCCACUGCAUCCCUCCAUCCUCCCCCCUUUGUGCUGACUACUACCAGGACCGCUUUGUACACCGUACAUCACUGCCAUCAGCAUCGAUUUUGUACGUGCAGUUAUUUCCCUUUUAUAUGUCAGGUAAAUAUUUGUAAGAGUUAUACUCACACAAAGGAGAUUAUGAUGAUGAUUACUAAUAUAUAUAUUUUUUUUUCUUCCAUGUUUCAUUGCCUGAGUAAAAAUGGUGUUUAUCACUC